GACCAAGAUUUAGUUCCUAGCAACCAGCUGAGCACACAGUCAGUGAGACCAGCUGAGCACACAGUCAGUGAGACCAGCUGAGCACACAGUCAGUGAAACCAGCUGAGCACACAGUGAGUACUGAACUGGUUGGUAGAAACAAGACCUUGGUCUGGAUUUGUAGCUUCUGGACCUGAAAUGCCCAACACUGAAAAUGGAGUCUGGAGAUUGAGUUCCAACCUCGUGGGGGUCACUCUCAUCAGCCUCCCUGAGGUGGUUUAUGCUGUUAGUCAAAUGAAGAUUGGUGUAGCAGUACAGCACAGACCCAGAGAAGCAGUGGAGGAUGGAUGGAUGGAUAGAUAGAUGGAUGGAUGGAUGGAGUUUGCCUUAUCUGUAGAAAAAUUAGCCAGAACGGAGCAAAACAGAACUCCUCACCUCCUCACCAAAACAUGUACUUUGUUGUCUUGACAUGGACUUGAUUGUUUUGUUAUUUUCUAUUCUUGGACCUCACAGUCUUUGUCUAGUUACCAUUAUUGUGCUUUCAAAUAAUUUUAAUCCUAAAAUUAGUCAUGCCUAUAAACAGUGGCAUAUUUUUAUCUGCUGUUUCUGGAUACUUUCUUCUUGCGAUGCAGUAAGACAUCAUCACCACGGAUUCUGAUUGGUGAAAUAUCACAAGAAUAUAGAUUUAGACACCAUUACCAUUCCCAAGCCAGUGAGAAAGAAUGUGAGUCUAUUCCGAGCCAUUUGAAGCGAGGCUGGAUAGGGCACGGCUGUGACGGGAAAGCCGCUCUUCUCCGAGACCUGGAGGUUUCUGUUCCCUGAAUAGCGCUGGGUGAUGCCCUUGCGUUGAGCCCCCCUUCAGAAACAGAUGGCAGUUGAGAGGAUGCAUUAUUCAUGGCAGUGACACCAACGCGCCCCCCUGUGGUGCCGGCCGCACACCACAGCAGACAUCUUUGCCACUCAUGGAUUUUGACAUUCCAACAAGUGCCUGGAGAACGAUGCCAGAGUUCCCGUUUCCAUUAAAACGAUGGAUUUUCUUGCAGCAAACCUUGUGUUGUGAACUUCCAUAGUUGCUUUUCUGUCAUCAUAAGGCCCCGUAAUUUAGUCUAGUUCAAUUCCAUAACCUCUUCAACACAAAUCCACCGUGCAACUACCUCCCCCGCCCUGCAGGGUAAUCCCAAAUUCUCCCUGCCUGGAUUAGAUAUUUGUCUGGCUUUAACAGUCUUUCAUCUCAUCAAAAUAAACUGGCUAGAUAUAAAACUAAGUAUCCAUGGUGUUUAGCAUGGAGCAGAGAUGCAUGGAAAAGCAAAUGAGUAAAUGGCUGGAACACCAUAGCUGAGGCGUCUAUAAGGACAUGGACAUCAGGUUAGCGCAGAGCUCUGAGAAGAAGCUGUUUGGCAUGUUUGGCUGUAAUCCAGUUUAACCGGACAUGUUUGAUGUGGGAGGCUUGUAAUCUGCUCCUUUUAGUGUUUUACUCACCAACUACCCGUCUGUUAUUAAUUGCACUCAUGUCACAGCAGAUCUCCUGCUUGUUAUUAGUAAUCUGGGGGCAGCCCAUAAUCCUUAUGUUUAAUUGACGUUAUUGAUGCAGUCCUGGGAUGACGCCCCCCCCCCCCAGAAGACCUGCCAUAGCUUCUCGCAUCAGACUUGUGCAGGGUCUCGAGCCAGCCAAUUGUGGCUCACAAUGGCUCGCUCUCCACCAGUUGGCCCCGCCUCCUCCAGCCCCCACCCACUCAGGGUGCUCUGGCUGAGCCGCGCACCAGAGCCGCGCGGCAGUGAGCGGGAGAGCACGGCACCCCAGCAUGCUGCAGUGUGUGCAAGGUAAGGACGAGCGACGCCUCUGGGGAUGUGGGGUAGCGAGAGCCGCCGGGAGUCUGCCCCUUUUACCAGGCGCUCCUGUCACGGCUGUUCAGACAGGCAGGCUGCUAGCCUUUUCUCCUUCCUCACUGUACGUACGUCCAGCCUCCUUGCUUUCUCCACCAACUCUGGUUCUUAGGGCUCUGUGGCACCUUCUGCCAGGAGGGGCAGCGAUGCCGGCUGUAUGUCGGUCUCGCCUAUCCUCUUUGCGAUGCUCGGCAGGAUUCCUCGUCUCGUCUCCAUCUGAUCUCCCGCCGUACAGGGCUCUUACUCUGAUCCUCUGUCCGUUAAAGGAUACUUGAUGUCUGCAACAACCGGAUGGACGAUGCUUUGCUUGUUGCUGCUGUUCCUGCUGUCACCUCCGGGGGAGACAGUGAGUUUGCAAUCCAGCCAUUCAAAAUAUCGAUUCUUGUUCUUGUUUCAACCCCCCCAGCCAAUGGGACUCCAGGCAGCCAACUGUCCACUCCCCGGUCGGGGAAGUCUCCCAGUCCAUCCCCCACCAGCCCGGGAAGCGUUCGAAGGCGUCGGGGUUCCCAGCACAGUGGAUCCUCACUGUCUCUAGCCUCCACCAAGGUCUGCAGCUCCAUGGACGAGGGAGAUGGACCAGGCAGUGAAGCGGAGAUCAUGGAUGAGUACCCCCAGGUACCCGCGUACAUCGCCGAGCGCUAUAAAGUGGGAAGGACCAUCGGCGACGGGAACUUCGCGGUGGUGCGUGAGUGUGUGGAGCGGUCCACCGGAAGGGAGUACGCACUUAAAAUCAUCAACAAGGGCAAGUGCCGUGGGAAGGAGCAAAUGAUCCAGAACGAGGUGUCCAUCCUCAGGCGAGUGAAGCACCCCAACAUUGUUCUUCUCAUUGAGGAGAUGGACACGUAUUGUGAGCUCUACCUGGUCAUGGAGCUGGUCAAGGGUGGGGAUUUGUUUGAUGCCAUUACAUCUACGAACAAGUACACAGAGCGCGAUGCCAACGGAAUGCUGUAUAACCUCACCAGUGCCAUCAAGUAUCUCCAUAGCCUCAACAUUGUCCAUCGUGACAUAAAACCAGAAAAUCUGCUGGUUUACGAGCAUCAGGAUGGUAGCAAGUCCCUGAAGCUGGGCGACUUUGGCCUGGCCACGGUGGUGGAUGGACCCCUCUACAAUGUGUGUGGGACCCCCACGUAUGUAGCUCCAGAGAUCAUCGCUGAGACUGGGUAUGGCCUGAAGGUUGACAUCUGGGCUGCGGGGGUCAUCACCUACAUCCUCCUCUGUGGGUUCCCCCCAUUCCGUGGGAAUAGCGACAAUCAGGAAGCUCUCUUUGAUCAGAUAUUAAUGGGACAGCUGGAGUUUCCUUCGCCAUACUGGGACAGCGUGUCGGACACGGCAAAGGAGCUCAUCACCGGCAUGCUGCAGGUGGAGGUGGAGCAACGCUACACCGCGCCACAGGUGCUGGACCAUCCCUGGGUCAAUGACGAUGGCAUGUCGGAGAACGAGCACCAGCUGUCCGUGGCUGGGAAGAUCAAGAAGCACUUCAACACGGGACCUAAGCCCCACAGCACGACGGCCGGAGUGUCCGUCAUAACUACCACCGCACUUGAUAAAGAGAGGCAGGUUUUCAGACGAAGACGCCACCAGGAUGUGAGGCCCACCUCCCGUGUGCCGCAGGGGGGUCUGCUCGUCCCCGCCCCCUGCCCUGCCAUUAGCCCCACCCCCACUGACUUUACUUCCGAGUCCGAGGACUAUUCCCCCAGCUCCGCUGAGACGGUCCGCUCACCCAAUUCACCUUUCUAAGCACGCCUGCUUCAGCAGAAGGCCCACUGCCUUGUGGGUGAGGACAAGGCAGAGGCAACAAGGAAGGAGAAUGAGGAAGUAGACAAGUCAAGAGGCAAUUAGGAACCAACAGAAAGCACAGGGGCGGAGGUCAUCCAAUCAGCACAAUGGACACAUCCCAGUGAACAGGGCAUUUUGUAAGGAUGCCUCUUAUUGAUAUAUCAACUUGUUUGUUUUUAUGUAUUUUUACGUUGCUGCUAAGGAGAAUUUUCCUCUACACUUCUGAUGUUCUGUCAGCUAUCAAUGAACUUCUGAUGGCUAAGCUGCAUGACGUCAUGCCAGUCAUCCUGAAUAAUCCAUGUUUUUAAGUUUCUAGCAUCUGCACGGUCACACGUUAAACCAGGUUUGAUGGUGCUGUAACCUCCUUGUCUGCCUGUUGGGAAAGACGAAAUGGAAUUAGCCUGUACUGAUGAGCUCUGCAGGAUUGAAUUUCAACUGACUGGUCCCUCUGGGGCUGUGGUUUAGAGCAGAAUGGCAUUCUGGGAAAGAAAAUCAGCACACAGGUCAACCGUUUUCCUUUCGUAGUUAAGAAAUAUCGUGUGGGUCGUCAUUAUGCAACAUGGAGAGUAUUUCACCUGGAAUUUAGCAUGGGAUCAUCCUGUAUUUAAAAACAUUCAGGAGAAACAGUAAUAAACGUUACAUGGGUGAUGUAUUAUUUUUAAAUUAAUUCUGUGUUCUGCUGAAGUCUUGCCUGUAUUUUUCACAACUCACUCCAGAGAUCACUUACUGUGAUUUCUGUGUUUUGCCCAAGUACAGAACCCCAAAACAUUGCAAAAUACUGAUUCAGUGGUCGCUUAACUGGUGCAGAUAUGCAGACGGUCCCUUAGCUAGAGCAGAUAUGCAGACGGUCCCUUAGCUGGAGCAGAUCUGAAGCAUCCCCCAGUAUAGACAGCAGUGUCCAAUGGUCCAGCAGGGACAUGUUUCUCCCAGUGCCCCGGCUUCGAUAAUCACAAGGCAGGAUUGCGGUGUACUCUUAGAAGCCCUACAUCAAUCUUUCCUGAACCUACAACUACAGAAGAGCACAUCUCACCACAAUUUUAUCAAACGAUCAGUCCUGUGAUAUGAGUGAGCAGUGAGCUAUGACAGAGGCCAGAUUAGGGCAGCGUCUGUAGCCGUAGAGAGGUAGAGGUACAUUUUUGAACUGUAAGAUGUAGGACAGAGAGGGCGGUGGCCAUGGAAACAGGGACCAGAUAUCUAAGCUUACACUGUAGGAGAAUCGAUGUUAUGCAAUAUUUGGUGCACAUGUAGCAUUUGUGAAAGUAACUUUUUUGUAUAACAAAAUGAAGUCGACGCAAGGAUGAAAAAUGCAAGCAUGUUAAAUGAACCUGAAACAUUUAAACAUACAAAAGGAUAGAAAUAAAAAAUCUGUAUGGUACUGCUACAGGUGCCAAGGACUGUUGGGUAGUCGUGGGCGCAAGAGGAUGUAUAUUUGGCAAGUGCAGGCGGACAAAAGGCCAUGAAAAAUAUGUGGUAGUGAUUCUUGCUGCAGUAUUUUCUCUGUCCAGAAGAGGGUGCUCAUGUGGGUUGAAACAUACUAGUAAUGUUUUGGGGGCCUUAUACUGUAGAUAUCAGGCUUUCUUUGUUGCUCCAUAUGUUAUUGUUAUCAUCAGCCUGAACCUCAAAAAUCCUAGCUGUGUAUCUUCUCUUGGAGAGUAGAAUACAAAUUUUGAAUGAUAUAACUUUCCCAGGAAGUUCCCUCCAGUUUCAGUGAACCCUACCUCUAACCCUGACCCCCUGGCCUCCCCCUCCCCCUCCCCGCCCUAGCUGGCUCAAACAGUGGUGCUUUUGAUUUGAGGCUGGCUGUGAACAUGGUCAUAGGUUGAUUUCCAGUUUCAGGCUGCAUCACACGACAUCACAAAACUUGAAUCAGUAUCAUUUCUGCUCAGUCAAACCAAAAGGUGCUUUUGUUUGAUAGACACAAAACUCCCAGUGAAGUCGUGCAGUUCUGCAUUACUGUAGCUGUGUUGGAGAUCUGGUACAACCGUACUUAGGUAUAGAAUCCAGUGCUGCCCCUCAAAGCGGAAUCAGAUCAUGGCAGCACUGAGAGUAACUGGAGGAGCACGUGGUACAAAAUGCAACGUAGCCCUGAUCUGUAUAAAUCGGACUGUCUUUGACACUGUAACCUGCUGUCACUGUCACUUUUGACUCGAAGAAAGUGGAAACCUACACAAUAUAAACCCCACAAGGAAAUGCGAGCUGUGUAACUGCAAUAACUGAAUGUAGUUAUGAUUAUGGAUUUUUGUGGACCAAGAAUGUAUCCGAACUUAUAUGUGGUAACAAACAUGGAUGCCUCCAAAUGCUGCCCCUGCCGUCUCUCUCGGCAGACCCCGUUAGUCCAUCGGAGCCGCACUGGGCACGUGCAGUUCGUGACGUGGCCUUUGGGGACAUCGUGCUUCCUGAAGCUCCUUACUUAUUGGACUCCUAAUUCUCUCUUUCCUGCAUGUUUAUGCUCUUAAGAACAUGGUCUUGUUUUUACUGUGAUGUUUGUCUUUUUUUAAACUUGUUUUUCAUGUGGCUGCAAUAUUUCCCUCUACAAAUGCCUGUAGUUUAUCCUUUAUAAAUUGCCCUUCCAAUCGGUGUGUUCUCAUCCCUUCAGGACCGAGUUGUUUUGCACAAACCGGAGUGUGUAUGACACUCUCUCCCCAACUAGGGAAUACUCAGAGUGAACCCAAAGCACGCUGAGUUUGCACUCAGUGUCAUACCUGUCAGCACAAAAAAGAAAAGGUGGUUCUGCUUUCCCUAAUUGGUUUUGUAAUUUCUGAAGCAAGUGACUCGUUUACUGUACGUCAUAGAUGAAUACACACGUGACUGUCUACAGUUCUUUCUUAAAUCCUUUCGCUAAAAAGUCACUUAUGUACCAGGAAGGUAACUGAAAGAACUUGAUUGAUCUGUUUGUAUUGGAUAAGCUGGACUGCAUUGAGUUUCAGGAAACUGGAACAGCAUCGGAAAGCACAAUUAAGACAUAACUUUGCUACUUUGGAGGUUUAUAAAGUUUAUAAAGUGAGUGCAUCCUACAUGAUGACUGCAGACACAUUUGAGGGCAUAUGAUUCUUGUUAAUGAACCGGAUGGAGUUUGAUGUUCUUAUAUUGUCCCUCUAUUUCUGUUAUUAAUUGAAGGGGAAAAAAAGUGUUCAGGUGAACAAUUACGUUAAUUACCGGCGAUAAUUGACUAUGGUAAAUUCAUUCAACGUCAAGCCAAACCCACAAAUAAAGGAUUUCCUGAGACUACAA